AUGGAAGAUUUUUUGGCCAGAUCUGGCGCUUUAGCUGACACCGCAGAAACCUUAAGCAUUACUGAGGAACAAGCCACAGCAGUACUAUGGCCACGUACUACAAAGGAUCUCGCACAUACUAAUACUGCAAAAGAACUAUAUAACGAUUUAUUUAAAUUAAAACGACGAGAAAUUGACUUAGACCUCCAUGGAGUAUUUAUUUCAGAUUAUUACAGAGCCAAGCGAAUACCUAGAGGCUUUAGAGUCCGUAAUGCCCCUACUAUAGGCAGACAAAACCCGGACUUCGGCAGACGUUGGAUGCAAAUAGCGAAUAAAUGCUCCUUAGAUUGGAUGGUCAUAGUCGUGGAAGAGGUUGGUAAAGAAUUAAUUCUUGUUAAAAAAACUAUCCAAGAAUUUGAAGUUAGUAAUGUUACUUUGUUACAAGCACCCUCCACGCAAGACACUUUGAUUAAAUUGCAGGAUGAUAUUCAAAAAUAUCAAAAUGACCUUAUAAGGUUUAAAAAGCAGAAACUUAACAAAGUCAACCAUGACUACACUCACCACCAAGUGUAUAGAUGGCUGAGUGGAAGUGAUUCUAAUAGUAGAAACCCACCUUCAAGAUAUCAACAACGGAUUACCAAACCAAAGUUUAAAACGAUUGAUGUUAGCUCUGGAGAGUCUGCCUCUGAAACUGAAAUGAUUGAUCCAACUUCUAAGUCAUAUACCACUCCUUUUUUAGAGAAAGGAGCAACUUUCAAAGAACCUCCAGAUAUGCCAAAAGAACGGAGGGAUACAAGAAAAAAAGACCUAUCAGGCGAGGAAAGAAGGGUCACUCGUUACACCAACACCUCGGGGAGACCCCCUCUUCAGAGAACUCGUCCGUAG